UGAUCAACGGCUUAACAGGCUGUUUUUGAAACCAACCAAGAUGGAGAACAUCAAGCUGUCGGAUCUGUACCUAGGAGGCUGUGUUACUGUUCUAUCUAGAACUUUGAGGGUGGUUGACUUUGCUGAUAGUUUUACGCGCAAAGCUCUAUGCCACAGCUCUGAAAGGUACAUCAUGUAUAUUAAUGUUCUAAUCCAGUUUGGAUAGGUGCGUAGCUUUUAUUCGUCCAGAUUCGGUGUGCAGAGCCGGGGAGAUUAUAUCUGACUUGGAAGGAAAAGGAUUUCGCAUAGUCAAUCUCAAGAUUUUCUGUCCCACAUCGGAUGAGACAACAGCACUCAUUGGCAAUAAUGUGGACUACACCAAAUUACCGCACUUUCUUACUGAACUUGCCGAGACGAACAUCGUCGCUGUUGAGUUAAUGGGAAACAACGCAUGUGCUGCAAUGCGCGAGCUUGUGGGUGGCCCGAGUGGACCUGAAAAGGGAACGAAUUUGGUUUCUAGCAAAGAUUUGUUGGUAUUCGCAACAGACCCAGAAAGUUCCUCCACUCAGGCCGAAAUGAUUUUUGGCAAUCCUGGUGGUCCACGGUUCAGAGGCUCUCCCCGCCUGAAAGGAACCACUUUGGCAAUAAUUAAGCCACACGCUGUGUCUGAUGGCCUUAUCGGUUCCGUCUGGACUGCAAUCAGGGAACGCGGAUUCUGCAUCAGUGCUGCUCGCUUGUAUCGUCUGUCCAAAGCGGAUGCUGCCGAGUUCCUGGAAGUAUAUAAAGGAGUCGCUCACGAGUACCCAGAAAUGCUCGAUCAGCUCGCGUCUGGUCCUUGCGUGGCUUUGGAAAUCGCCACAAUGGAGGAAGGAGUGGAUGUGCAAAAAACUUUUCGAGAGUUUGUGGGGCCUGUGGAUCCGGAAAUCGCCAAAUUCCUUCGACCACAAACACUACGAGCAAAGUUUGGGAUAGACAAAAUUCGUAACGCUGUGCAUUGCACCGACCUGCCGGAGGAUGCAGAGCUGGAAAAUCUCCGUGUGUGGGGGCGCAAGUGGCGUCGAGUCAAAGGUGCUUCACUCGGAUUGGCUGGCAAUCUGACCAAUCAGGGCAUGCCUUCGUUUGGCCCGUGUCCUGCUCGUGACAUCCGUCCCAAUGAUGUGAUGUUUGCUUAUUAG